GGUUGGAAGGAUGGACUGUGCACUGCUGCUGCUGCUGACCCUGUGGGCUCUGGUUGGAUCGGUGUCUCUGCAGACUCCACGUGUCACCACAGGGUCAUGUGCACCAAGAAACCUGGUGGAUGAGAAGAGGAAGUCGUGCCCUCGGCCCUGCAAGAGCGACAGGGACUGUGGUAACAAGCGUCAGUGCCUGUGUGACGGCCAGUGUGGGCUCAGCUGUGUGGUUCCAGGCCGGACUUGUCCCUGGCCUCUGCCCCCCAGUGACAACUCAGAAGCUCGCCUCCUUCAUCCCACCAGCUCCUUCGAUGCCCUCCUUGAAGUGCGAUGCAAGCUGGGAUUCACACUGCCCAACGGCCUGGAUGUCACUAUCAGGCGUUGUCAAGGUGACCGGCAGUGGAGCGGGGAUGUACCCAUCUGCACAGACAUACUCCCACCUACUGCUUCCCAAACCUGCUCGCUGCCAGAGGAAGUCACCAACACCUUCAGCAUCCUGGGAAACGCCACAGUCGGAACAUCCAUCCACUACAGCUGCCUGUCUGGGGCUGAUAUAGUGGGGAGCAGUGAAAAUUUCUGCCAGGAUAACAAAACCUGGCAGUAUCCUCACCCCAUCUGUAAGGAGGUGUACUGUCAGCCUCCUAGAGAGGUGGAGCAGGGCUAUGUGGUGGCCGUCCAGAAGACAGAGUAUGAAGUGGGUUUUGACAUCCACUACCUCUGUAAGAGAAACUUCCUGCUGGAUGGACCUCAGAAGGUCACCUGUCUGUCCAAUGGUAGUUGGAGUGCAGCACCCCCACACUGCAGAGCUCGCUGUCCGAUCCCAGCUGAGCGGAGCCGUGUUGUGAUUGGUGGAGAGAAGCGUUGGCCGUUUGAUGUUACAGACGCUGUGGUUCCUCAUGGGGAAAGUGUGACGUUCUUCUGCAAACAUCCUCACAAGCAGUGCAGCCUCACUGCAACCCAGACCUGCUACGAUGGAGAGCUGCAUCCACCGGCCUGCUACCUUGAGCCCACAUGGCUGCAGUACAAACUCUUUCCCCACCGGCUGGUUUCAGAGAUUGAUGCGUGUGAGCCUGGUGAUGUGGAGUGAUGACCUGCACAUCUGACCUCAACCUAGCCAACACUCAUGACACUGUGUCAAAAUAAGAGCACCCCCACUUGACUCAUACCCAUCAUUUUUGGCAGUCCUUCACUCUACAGCUUCCCUUCUAUCUAUACUAUGAUUAUGGUCUGUUAAACACUGAAAUAUUAUUCACAGCUCUUGUGGAUCAGAAGGCUAAGCUGUAUAUACUGUACUGUGGGUUUUUAUGAUCUCUGUCUAUCCUUCCUGCAUGCUAUCACUCUGCAGGCGUAAUUAUAAUCUUCACAAGUAUUACUUAGAUCUCCCAAAGCUUGAGCCAAUGCAAUCCAUAGCCCUCCAUUAUGAUGUAUAUAUAAUGCAUUACUACAACAGUUAUGCCUGUGAUGACACUUAGGCCUACAUGUAGCCUUACUCAUAACGACUCUGUGAUAUUUCACUGUGUGAUCUCUCUUUCCUCCGUUAAACGUGACGCAUCAAGUCUCAGGCUUGCAAGUGUUAAUGAUUUGAAAUAAACUUGUGUCAAAACGGU